GGCACAAAUAUCCCAGCCACAGGAUACCUACAAAACCUAGAAGUUGAACCCUAAAUAACUACAGUUGAAGCAACUACUUCAACCUUUUGGAUAGAAUGAAGCAAUCGAAGGAUCCAUUUGAAGCAGCAUUGGUGGAGCAAGAGGAAUCGCCACCUGAUUCCCCAGUUGGUGAGGAUGAGUUGAACAAUCAAGCUCCAAAUGAAGCCCAGAACCAAACCGAUGGUGGACAGAAUAUGCUUGUAGAUGAUGAUGAUUACGAUGAUAUCGGUUCCAACAGCAAAAAUCCCUCUCAUCCGUCAUCGAGUUCAACUCCUAAGUUGCACUUCUCAAGGGCUAAUGCUAAUGUUGUUGCUGCUGUCACCAAAAAGAACAAAGAAUAUGACGAUGACGAAGAAGAGGAAAAUGUGGAGGUUGAGCUAAGCAAGUUCCCUUCUAGUGUUGACCCUGCUAAAAUGGCCAAGAUGCAAACUAUUUUAUCACAAUUCACAGAGGACCAGAUGAGUAGAUAUGAAUCAUUUAGGAGAUCUGCACUUCAAAAGUCUAACAUGAGAAGGUUGUUGGUAAGCAUAACUGGCAGCCAGAAAAUUUCAUUACCAAUGACCAUUGUUGUGUGUGGGAUAGCAAAAAUGUUUGUUGGUGAACUUGUUGAGAAAGCUAGAAUGGUCAUGACGGAGAGAAAAGAAUCUGGCCCAAUCAGGCCUUGCCACAUCCGAGAAGCUUAUAGACAACUGAAGCUUGAAGGCAAAGUGCCUAAGAGAUCAGUGCAAAGGCUGUUUCGCUAAGUGUAUCUACAAACAAGCAUGCUCAUCAUCUAUCUGGUGUUUGUUACUAUUAACAUGGAUUGCAUAUCUGACAACACUUGGUAACUAAUAACUUUUCAACCUUGUAUUACCGUCCAUCCUUCUUGUUCAA